UCACUCAUUUAAAAGUUGCGUAAAUUCAUUCGAAAAUGGAUAUAAAAGACGAUUCGGACGGAAAAUUGGUGGAGCUGAUUAUUACUAAUCCGGAGGAUAUCGAAUUAACCGAUGGUAAGGCUAAAAAUUAUCAUUUCUUUUACAUUUUAAGAUUAUUUCGCUUUUGUUGUUUAUUUUAGAUGCCGGUUCGGACGCUGGGGACAAUUACGAGCUUCUGCAGUUGAUAACCGAAACUUGGUGUUUGGAUCGAGUAGUUUAUGACAUACUGAUUGCCCAUGGAUAUACUUUGGAGUAUGCAAAAACUCUGGACGAAAAGGCUCUGAAUGAUGUGUUUUCAAUCACAAAAUGGACGGCUCAUAAACAUGCACUCCGCCAAAAACUAACGCUUUGGGAAGAAAGUGUACUUUUCCGUGAAGGCAACACAGAACCUGUAGCAAGCUGUAGCUACCAAGUUCCAGUCCAUAACAUGGCAACUUCAUCGGCAGCCGUAUCACCGCAACGUAAGCUGAUUCCGACAAGUGUUUCGAGAGCGUUAUUGGAUAAUAUUUUGGAGCGAAACGAGAAAGGAAAGAUCGUGGCGAAGUAUUAUCAAUUACACAGUCGACUUGACAAACAGCAUCGAAAGUUUUUGUCACAUACCAUUGUUGACUACUAUAUUGCGAAUCAGAAGUAUUUCGCGCUUCCGGACAUGUCCAGAUUUGCAGAACUAAUCGCUGAACGUUUUCCAUCUGAAAUAGCUGUUACGUAUUACAAUCCCCGCAGCAACUCGGCAAAUAAGAAGCAUCCAUCAGGUAUGCUAUACGACCGGUUCCACAAUAGGAAGAAAACAUCUGCGUCAACAAUUUCAAGUGCACCAUUCAUUGAACCAACAAUCCAUUCAGAGCAAAAGCAAGCUGCUUUGAAGAUAUCUGAGACAGAAAUUCGUCAUAUGGAGUCUAACAAAGUAUGGUUGCGGAAUAAUUGUGCGCCCGGUGAACAAGUUUUGAGUCGGUGGAAGCAGUCCGUUCAACUGAGGUUGAGAAGCAUUCAACACGAUAAGGAUAAAAACAAAUCAACCGUUCUUUCUGAGUGGCCUCGUUAUUUGGACGAAGACGGAUACUUACUGGUUGAUGUGGACUUCGAUUUCCUAUUCCAGAAGGCAAAUGAGAAGGGCAAACUGUUCGACGAAUGGGAAUGGUUUUGUACCCAUUUUCUCAAAUACCUUUCGUCAGCUGAUGUCAGAGAUGAUUAUUCACGUCAGUUAAUUACCUCUAUUGAAGACGGUGAUUGUACACAAGAUACAAGGGAUUUCGUGGUGUGUGCAGCAUUUCAUGGUUUACUCAAGCCAGUGAGAACGUCCGCUAGAAAGCUGCCAACGAUCCUUCAAGCGCAAAUUGAUACAUGCUAUGUUUGUGAAACUGAAGCGGAAUUUACGGAUGCACUGAAUUCUCAACGACAAGAAUUAGAGUCGAACGGCACACAAUUCUCGCCAAGAAUUUACGCAGUCGGCGCAAUCGAAAAUUUCGAAUACUUCUAUGUAGCGACGAAUAAACUGCGGUAUAGACUACCAUCGCUAGUACGUUGCCUGGAUGUAGUCGUGAAGCUUAAGUUUACAUUAGAUCUGCAGUUCCCAGAAAGCAGUGAACUGUUCUGGGUGUUUAUCAGCAAAUAUUUUUACGAUAUUGAGUACACGCAGAAAUCGAAGAACACUCAAAUAUUACAGUUGAUUGCAUUCCUAAAUUCAUGCGAAAAAUGAAGUGCUUUCUAUGUAUGGAGCUUAUGACAACAUUCCAAAACCUCAUGGAUCAUCUUACAAUAUUUCAUAGUACACCGUCCAUCUUUUUUUACAAGUGCACGGCUUGUCAACCGUCUACAACAUUUCCUGAUGUGAACCGUUUCAAAAGGCAUGUAAAAAAUUUACAUAAUGAGUUUUAUGAAGCACACGAAACGGGAAAAGCAAUCGAAGAAGUCAAUGAAGCUCCAUCAAUGGCACCAAGUAGCUGUCCGUCGGGAAUGCACCAUCAAAACUCCGAAGAAACUACUCAACUAAUAGAAGAUUUGAAUCGAUGUAAUGAUGAUAAUAUAGAGAAAUCGCAAAACAAUGUAAUGGACAAUGAAGAAGAAAUAUUAGAUUUAAGAAACAGUUUAAAACAAUCAUUUAUGAAAUUUUCGAUGCAUCUGUGUAGUAAGAAACACUUUACGAGGAAAGAUGUAUUUGAAUUGCAACAAAACAUAACAGACCUUAUAAUUAAACCAAUUUGUGAAGCUAUCAAGCAAAUCGUUCAUUUUCCUGAGAGUACGAAAUAUAGUUGUCUGAUUGAUGAUAUUUGUGAUCCGUGGCAGUUUAUUUCAACAGAACAAAAAUUAAAAACGCAAAUGAAGAAAAUAGGCUUAGAUAACGCGACGCAUACGAUUGAGUUCGAGGAUGAUUCAGGUGAAGUAAUUUCUAAAGGAUGUCUGAUGCCACUCAAAAAUCAGUUCCAACAGUAUUUCGAAUCAGGGACAGUAUUUAAAGAAACAGUUGAGCACAUGGAAAAAUUAGAAGCGAAUAAUGUAAUUGCAAAUGUUAUCAAUGGAAAUAUGUGGAAGGCCACCAAAAUGCAGUUUGAAAAUAGUUA